AUGUGGCUUCACGCUAGCGAUGUGUCCACUGCCCCGGUCCAUCCUACCCUACCACGCCAAAAAGCUUUCUCCACUUUGCGCGGCCCUCUACCCCGGAAUAACCAUUUCCUGUUACCAGCCGUUACUGCACCGUCCCGCAUGAAGAAGAGUCAUCGCCGAUUUAGAGGACGUCGCCGCGACGGGUCCGAAUUCAGGAACGAAGCCGAUCGUAUCGACGAUAUCCUUGAAGCAGACGGAUUCCAAACCUGGGGCUUGGUCACAUACAGAUGGACGUACGCCAGCGACUCCGACUGGGCCGAAUUCAUGCGGCGGAUGAACUGCUGUGUAAGGCAGUCUCUAACAGCCGAUAACAGUCCUGAUCUGUUUGACUCCUUUGCACCAACUGUUCUUCAAAAUAAAGAGGCCUUUGAUCGAGCCAGCACCACCGCCAUCCGCAAUUGA